AUGGCGUCGAGAAAGCUGGCACACUAUUUUCAUGCCCAUACAAUAGUUGUGCUGACCGAAUUCCCUCUCAAGGUGCUCUUUGAGAAGGCCGACUUCACCGGGAGGAUUCUGAAGUGGGCCGUGGAAUUGGGACAGUAUGACAUCAGGUUCCGCCCGCGCACCACGGUCAAAGCUCAAGCUCUUGCAGAUUUUGUGGCGGAAUUUGCCCCUGGGACGCAUCCAGUUUGCCCGAUUGAUUUGGUUGGUGCGGAUUUAGCACAACCCAAGGUUUUGGCAACAGAGACGAGCGUUGGCUCACACGUGGGAAAAGGGCAAAGUUUAACCGAACUAGCACAGUCCGAUAACUCGUUGGAAGAUGAACCCGAUGGAGACGAGAAAAAAGACCAGAACGAGCCGGCCAGAGACAUUGAAUUGAGAAGCUCCCAAAACCUGUCUGAUUGUUGGAAGCUAUUCAUUGGCGAGAUAUGGAAGCUCUUCGUUGAUGGAGCGUCCAACAGGCAUGGGGCCGGGCUGGGAAUUGUGCUGACCUCACCAGAUGGGCUGAUUAUUGAGCAAGCAAUUACACUCGGAUUCCCGGCGUCCAACAACGAGGCAGAGUAUGAAGCCCUCCUCGCCGGUUUGAGAAGCGCAUUGAGAAUGAAAGCCACCGCCCUUAUGGUCUUCAGCGACUCCAAGCUGGUAGUCAAUCAGGUAUCAGGGGAGUAUGAGGCAAGGGAUGAAAGAAUGGCCAAGUAUCAAGCGUUGGUCCGAGAAGAAAUCAAGAAGUUCCCUGCGAUAAGAGUGGAACAGAUCAACCGCGAAGAAAACAACUCGGCUGACGAAUUGGCUGGGCUCGCCUCCGCUCAGACAGCUUUUCCUAACCCCUUGAUGAUAGAGUUUUUACCCCGGCCAAGCAUUGAUGAACCGGAAGCAACCGAGGUGCUCUACACCGACUUGGGUCCUUCCUGGAUGGAUCCCAUCAUCGCCUUCUUAAAAGACAGAGUUCUACCAGAAGAAAAGAAGGCAGCCCACAAAAUCCGAGCAAAGUCGGAGCGGUCCUUGGCUUACCGAGCAAUUUCCCAAGGUUACUGGUGGUCGUGCAUGCAGGCGGACGCACAGAAAUAUGUUCGCAGGUGUGAGAAGUGUCAGAAGUUCGCUCACCAGAUCCACCAGCUGGCUAGAGAUUUGCUCCCUCUCACGAGUCCUUGGCCUUUCGCGAUUUGGGGAUUGGAUAUUGUUGGACCGCUCCCAGCAACACCGGGUAAUCGCAAGUUCUUCAUCGCCACCACCGACUACUUCACCAAGUGGGUGGAGGCCGAGCCACUGGCGACCAUGAAGGAAAAGGAUGUGAAGAAGUUUGUUUGGCAAAACGUCAUUACUCGCUUCGGUAUACCCAGGGCCCUCGUCUCAGAUAACGGCACUCAAUUCGAUAGGAAGAUCUUUCACGGAUUUUGCGAAGAGUUGAAGAUCGAGUUCUACAACUCGAUGCCGGCCUAUCCUCAGUCUAACGGUCAAGCAGAGGCCUCAAACAAGACCAUCUUGGAUGGGCUAAAGAAGCGGCUUGAAAAAGCCAAGGGGAAAUGGGCUGAGGAACUUCCCAACGUGCUCUAG